AAUAAUCCAAAACACCAAAGACGUCGAAAGCGAGUUUAAGUGCGGUCUCCUUCCAUCCAACAGUGAAGAGUAAUCCACAAACUUCCUGACGGUAUCGCUUCCCGGGGCGACUAAGUACCAAACUGCUGAAAUUUUUAAAGCCCAACCAAAACCAUCGAUGCCGACGGUUUCAGUUGACGACCCAAAAAUUAAAAAAUAAAUCUCAGUCGGUGAAGCAGAAUGCUGACUACUGUCGCUGCUGUUAGUUUGCGAUCAGCAGCUUCCCGAGCCUUCUUCUUCUCCAAAGCUCUCCCAAACUCCGCCGCCACUUCCUUCUCGCUCGCACGGACGCUCUCUCCCUCCGCCGUUUCUCGCUCCUCAUUUCGCGCCAUGGCCUCCGACUCUGCUGCCCCCUUCAACAAAAUCCAAAUCCAAAGAGACGACACUACAUUUGAUGCGUAUGUUGUUGGCAAAGACGGCGCUCCUGGGAUUGUUGUGCUUCAAGAGUGGUGGGGUGUGGAUUAUGAAAUUAAGAACCAUGCUGUCAAGAUUUCUCAACUUGCUCCUGGAUUCAAAGCACUUAUCCCAGAGUAA